CCCAAAUUAUCAUUUGAUUUGUUUCAACUGGACAAUUUCGAAUGACGCCACGGUAGGCGUCAGCUGAAGCGGCUCAGUCAAUUUUUUUCUCUAAGUCCAUUGAACGAACCACCACACACCACUCUCCAUUCGCGCUCGCUCCGCCGAUAACUUGCUUCUCUCUGGCGAACUUCUCCGAUCUCUUCUCCGGCCACUCCAAGUUAUAUAGGGAACUGGCAUCCAGCCAUAAAUAUAUCCCAUCUGCUUCUGUGACCAGUCCAAGGGCGGCUCAAGCACAGUUGUAGACGAUGAUCAUUACUAAGCAGUAUCGCUGCAUACACUCAGCAAGUUGUAAGUGUACAAAAGGGCAUCUUAGCGAAGAAAUUAUAUUUCUGGUUUUUCAGCAGUUGAAUUGGAAUCCUAAGUCAAUUGCAACUUUAUCUUGUGUAUGCAAAUGGUUUGAUGACCUUGCCAAGAGAGUGCUCUGGAAGGAGUUUUGUAAGACUAGAGCUCCCAAAAUGAUGCUUGAUUUACAGUCUAGUGGGAGUCAUAGUGUUGAUGGGAACUGGAGGGCUCUUGGAAAGCUUCUUAUUUACUGCUCUGGAUGUAAUAAAGGUGGCUUAUUCAAUAGCAUCCACAUUCCAGGACACUUUGUUUAUAGAACUAGGUUCUCUAGGACCUCUGGAAAGAGCUUUCUGUUACCACAAUGCAGGACAGAUGUUUUGUAUGUUUCUGAUCCUUGCGAGCAUCUUGACCAAGGAGAUGAGGGGGAUAUUGGAUUUUUUCGAGGAAUAUUUAAAUCCUUUGCUUCCUCAAAAGUUCGUAAAAUGUUGAUUAAGAGGGAGGCUCAGCUCCAUCCAACAGAAGUGUGCCCUUACUGUAAGGCGAAACUGUGGAGCAUGCUGCAAGCAAAAAUGAUGCCAGCUAGUGCCAGCUGUAGAUUGGGUGCUUAUGAAGAUGCAAUUGAGUAUUAUGUGUGCCUUAACGGGCAUGUGCUUGGGAUAUGUACCCUCUUGCCCUUGUCUGAUUCUGAGGAAGCUUCAGAUCACAGUGAUGCAUGAAUGCAGGUGUUAGAGACGGGUUUCCAUCGAUUUGGGAACUUGGUGGGUGCUGUUCACUGAGAGAUCAAGUCGUAGAGCCAUUCAGUGGAAGGUCUCUUUCAGUGGACAUUCUCCGCAAGUUUGCCACUUCCCAAAAUUCUCUGACAAGCGCAGUCCAAUAGAAACCUAUUCCUGUCCAUUGUGUCUCAGUUGUAACAAAGCACCAUCAGAAUUUCUUUGUAUAUUUUAUGAUCUCAAAUGUGCAUCUUAUUUGAGUGACACGUUGGAAUCUGUAACAUUUCAUUGAUGUUUGUUGUGAAGCAGUUAAGUUACACCAUGUAAAUUUUGAAAAAUUAAAUGCUAUUCUGGUGCUGCCGAGUCUUGCCAUUCUUUCAGCUUAAGAACAAUCCCUCUCCCUCCUCUCUCCCCGGUCCCCGGCCUAUGUACCUGUUUUUCUAGCGAAGGUAGAAUCUAUGCCAUCCCCUUCUUGGGGGAAAGAAUUAAGUGUAAGAAAUGUUGCAACUG